UAAACAUUUUGAGUAAUUUACUACCUUGAGAACUGCGCCAAAAUAAUCAUGACAAAGCUAUUUAAAAUGAACUGACCAAAAACAAAAUCUUUGAGAGCUUUCUAGUCAAAAUUUUUACAUCUAUUUACACAGUUUUCAGAGAAAAAACCCUUAUUUAUUCGCAUAAAUUAUUAAUAAUCAUUGUGACAUUGCAAAGAGCUUUUAUAUUCUAACAAGAUAAGCUCAUUUAGGCAGUUUACAUUGCUAUGCCUUGUCAAAGGUGUAAAACAAAUAUAUGUAAAUGAAAAGUCAUACAUUGUGUGCUAAAACUACAGUAUAUAUCAUAAUUUAAUAUCCAGUAUCUAUUUCAACUGUACUUCAAAUUCAAACCCUGCAAGCAUCCGUUAAAACUGGAAUUUUCCCACCCCAUCAAACGGACACGAUGGGCGCUUAACGAUCCUCCCGAGACGCCACACUCUACUGCUCGGAUCACUUCGUCACCAUCGUACGAUGCCUCAUCGGGUGGAUCGAGUGUACGAUCAACUGCCAGAAAAGUGGAACCAUCUUAUCGUUACACCAUCAGUCGAUCGCGGCAUUUCGAACGGUAAGCAACCGGAGCAAGCGACGAACCUCUUUCGACGAUCUCGCUAGAAAGAGAGUGCUUUUUUAUGUGGAAAGGGAGUGGUGUGUGUGUUCUUAUGUUAAAACGUGAAGUCUGUGUAAAAGUGUUCACAAGGUAUUGAAGAAGCCCGAUUUUUCGGCUGACUGACGACGUCAAACCGUUUCGAAAAACGGGAGGAAACUAUCCAAGGAUGCUACGCCGCUGUACGACGAACAGCCGUCUGUUGUUCUUUCUUGUCGCUGCUCUGCUUUUGCUGACCGUACCGGAUGGUGCUCGUGGCAAUGGCGAACCAACCGGAGGCGUCCGCACGGUAAUGGAUCUGAUGGAGGUGAUGCUGAAUCGGGACAUUCUGGAUAUGCUGCAAAACGGUGGCUUCGACUUCCGGCAGCCGGCUCGCAUCUUCCUUCCGCCCAAGUUUUACUCCAUCGUGCCGUACGACCAGGGCCACCAAAGCCCGGACCAGAUACUGGGCAGCAGCCACCUUGCCGUCCCACCCGUGGUGACAAUUGCCAGUGGUGGUGGUGCUGCUGUUGGAAAAGCCACCCAACCCGAGCAGCCACCAUCUGGUGCGUCCGUGGUCGAUAAACUCGCCCGUGCCGAGCAGGGCGGCGGCAGCAGGAUCAACUUGAUUUCGUAUUCCGAUGGCAAAGUGACGACAGGCCGUGGCCGUGGCGGGCAUCCUGCGGUGACCAAUAAGGGAAGCGAAACAUUAGAGAAAAAUGUCGGUACAAAUGUGAAUGGGGCAACGAAUUUCCCGCACAGUGGCAACAGGAAGCAAACGACGCCAGCAAACGACCGGCAGCAGAGGCAACAGCAGCAGCAGCCGUCCCUAACGACCUCGAUAACGGAUCAAACGGUGUCACAAAAUGUCGGCCGCACACUUCCGACAUCCGGUCGGGUGGGGGGCGGUGGUGGAAGCAGCACGACGGAUCAGCUACGUUCGGCCCUGCCCGGUGAACCGGAUGUCGAUUAUCCGAUAUUGGGUAGCGUGCCGGCGACACAGUUCACCUGCGACAACCGUCAUCAUGGUUAUUACGCCGACGUUGAGACACGGUGCCAAGUGUUCCGGGUGUGCGCCAACACCGAUUCGACCGGGCGUGGCUUUGCGUUCCUUUGCCCCAAUGGGACACUGUUCAAUCAGCGCCAUCUGGUGUGCGAUUGGUACAUGAACGUGCGGUGCGAGGAAAGUGAGAGCCUUUACGGCGUGAAUGAAGCGAUCGGACGAACAGACAGUGGUAUGGGCCGGAUGUUGACGAGUGGAGAUCGGCAGGAUAUGAUGGAUGUUGUGAUGUCGAUGGUUACCUACCCGAUGCGUUCGCUGAUGGACCUCAUGAACGGGGUCGGUGUGAUCGAGGAGCGUGUGGGCGAGCCGGAGGUGCAGGAGAGGGAGGAGAUUGAAGUGCCACCGACUGUGGAGGGUGAGCAGUAUGUGACGGAACCAGAAACGGGGCUAGAACCACCGUUUCAACAAGGAAGAAUACAAUACGGCCCUGAACCGGUGGUGAAUCAGUACGGCGGACCAGCGGUGAACAGCUUUGGAGCAGAUGUUAGGCCACCAGUUAGUGCUCCAAACGGCGCCGUUGGGUCGAAUGUGUACCGGCCCAUGUUGGAUAAUGUUUAUGUGUCAAGUCUUGGGACGCUUUCAACCGAUCCUGAUUCUGGGUUCGAUCCACAGCGCUCCACACUACUUACCAGAACGGAAGGAUCAGUCAGAACCGUUUCCGGAGUGCCACAAGCAGAUUCGUACGGCAUUGUAAAUCAGAACCAGGCCGGAUUUUCCAAUCCCAUCGCAACGAACGUUCAAUUGGUGCGAGCAGAUCUGAUCAAAUCCUGGAACGACCAGCAGCGACCGGUUCUGACGCAACAGACGCCUUCGCUGAAACUUGCACCUGUUCCACGAAUUUCCCAGCAGUCCUACGAAAUUCCAAAGCCUCCCCGCCAGCAGCACCAGUAUCAACAACCGCAUCCACAGACAACGAGUGCCAUCUAUCGGCAAGGAUCGAUACUACCACCGACGGGCGUUUUGCCACCAUCCACCCUAACACGCACCGUAUUGAUCGGGGCCAACAACAAGCACAGCGAUCUGCCCUCGGCCCAUCGGUUUGCUCCCCCCGUACGGCAAGUGCUUCCGAUCCAGCGGGUAACCGUUGUACCGGAAAAUACGUACCAGCAGCAUCAGCAGCAGCACCAUCAGCAACAACAAUACCACCAGCAGCACCAUCAGCAACAACUCCAUCAGCAGCAACAAAGUCACACACGACCGACAAACUUUUACCAUCCGGUUGGUACUGGCUCUGGUAGCUUUUUGCCUCACAGCACUGCCUCACAGCCUUCUACAGUUGCUCAAGUACAAGCAAACUUACCCUAUACGACCCCCGUGGCAACACGACAACAGGGUGGUCCUGUGGUACAUUACCCGUACAACCAUCCUCCACCCCAUACCGCGGUGCAACAAGUUCCGGUCGCGGCAAGCAAUCGGGACGGAAAUUACGCAGCUUACCAACAGCAGCAGCAGCACCAGCAGCAGCAGCUACUACUGCGCCGCAGCGAUAAUGUACCGGCGCCGGUACCAACCGCGUCCAAUGUAGUUCCCCGAACGAGGCUUCAAACGAGCACGGUGCUGCAGGUAGUGCCCGCGCUGAGCUUUUACCUUAACGAUGCCGAGGAAAAGCGAGCGUUCGAUGAUGCCGUCCGGCAGGGACUGUUUGACGAGCGGAGGCGUAGCGGUCGGGCCUACACGUCGUACCAGGUACCGCUGGGCAGUGUGGGACAUCUUGGAGCGCUGUCGUAGGCCGAGUGGUCGGUACUAAGAACUAAUGUAAUUUAUUGGAAGUUCGUCUCGCAAGCUCGCAAGUCCGUUGCGGCUCAAAAGCGAUGUCCUUUGAACGGUGAAUGAAACUGUACAGCAGUGGUACAGCGCACGUUUGUGGGCUGAAUAGUACGGAUGAGAUUAUGAUAGGAUGCAUAUAAAGAGAGGAAAAUAAAGCAAAGUAAAGCAAGUAAUGAAUCGAUGUUGCUAUCAAAGGGCACAGGGGUGUGCAAGCGCUUUGAAAGCUUUUGCAUUUUGUUGUUGUUGUUGUUGUUUAACGCAUUCCAUGGAAUUACUUUUCCACUGCGAUGAGAUCCAAUCAGCAGCAGCACGAAGCG